AUGGCUGAUGAAGGGAAUAGAUCCUUGGAUGUGGACUCAGAAUCCAAUAACGAUGGGCGAGCACUUGUACCUCCAACUUCCAGAAGUGGAGAUGUCAUUUCACCUACUAGAGCAGUUAUGACUCUGUCCAAGUCUAUGUUCAACGCUGGAUGCUUCUCCUUACCUUAUGCCUGGAAGUUAGGUGGCUUAUGGGUAUCAUUCUUCAUGUCGUUUAUAAUCGCAGGACUCAACUGGUAUGGAAAUCAUAUUCUGGUCAGAGCUAGUCAACAUUUGGCAAAGAAGUCAGAACGAUCAGCACUAGAUUAUGGUCAUUUUGCAAAAAAAGUCUGUGAUUAUAGUGACAUACGAUUUCUAAGAGUUAACAGCAAGGGAAUAAUGUAUGUGGUGAAUAUAACAAUAUUGUUCUAUCAGUUGGGAAUGUGCAGUGUUGCAAUUUUAUUCAUCUCAGACAACAUGGUAAACUUACUAGGUGACCAUCUAGGAGGGGACAGACAUUCCAAAAUGGUUGUAAUGGCUUCUGUUACACUCGUGUUCAUUUUAAUCACGAAUAUGUUUACGGAGAUGAGAGUUGUUUCGGCUUUUGCAUUAAUUUCUUCGGUAUUCUUUGUGAUUGGAGCAGCAACCAUCAUGCAGUUCACUGUGAGACAAGAGAACCACUGGAAAGAACUUCCGGCAUCGACUAAUUUCACAGGGACUAUCAUGAUGAUCGGUAUGGCUAUGUACUCUUUCGAAGGACAAACAAUGAUUCUGCCAAUCGAAAACAAGUUAGAGUCACCUGAAGCUUUCCUUGCUCCUUUUGGUGUGCUCCCAACUACUAUGAUGAUCUGUACAUGUUUCAUGACCGCUUUCGGUUUCUUCGGAUACACUGGCUUCGGUAACGCUAUAGCUCCAGCUAUAACAACUAAUGUACCUAGAGAAGGGUUCUAUUCCACGAUAAAUGUCUUUUUGAUUUUACAAGCUAUGCUCGGACAUUCAAUUGCCAUGUAUGUGGUCUUCGAUAUGUUUUUCAAUGGUUUCCGUCGGAAGUUCACCAACAGAUUCCCUAAUUGUCCAAAGUUUGCCGUGGAUAAGGGUUUCCGUGUAUUUUGGGUUGUUCUAACUUAUGCUAUGGCUGUUCUGAUACCCCGACUAGAAAUUAUGAUUCCGCUGGUCGGAGUAACAAGUGGAACAUUGUGUGCUUUAAUCUACCCACCCUUUUUCGAAAUGGUCACUUUCUGGACUGAUUGGAAGGGGCUAUUAACACAUCGUCAGAGAAUGACCAAAAUAGCUUUGAAUGUUACUGUUAUGAUCAUUGGGCUAUUCGCUAUCACCGCUGGUGUCUACUCCAAUAUACUAGCUAUUUCUGAUGCUUUUGCCAAUCCCGAUAACGUCUGA